AUGGCAGCUCUCAUCAAGGCGGCCAACGCAAAGAUCAGGUCCAACCCCGUGUUGGACUACGUCUGCUCAACACGUCAAUGCGUGCAUCUACGAAUCGAGCGUGAUACAGAUCCCCCGAGCUUCCUACAACGACCGGGUGGUGUUUUCCCUCGGCCCUCACUGGGAAGCAAACAGCAAAAGAACUAUCUCGAAGCCUUUGCCUUUGCCACCCGCGAACAUUGCAGCCCCGGAGAACACAACUUCACUCUAAACACAACUAACAAGAAACGAAAAUGCACAGACUUCUGGGGUCCCGUGUCAAACUUUGGCAUUCCCGUCGCCGCAGUGCUCGACACGCAAAAGAGUCCCGACCUAAUCUCGGGCCAAAUGACCGGCGCGCUGUGCAUCUACUCGGCCACGUUCAUGCGGUACUCGCUCGCCGUUACGCCCAAGAACUACCUCCUCUUCGCGUGCCACUUCGUCAACGAGUGCGCCCAGCUGACCCAGGGCUACCGAUACCUGUCAUACCACCACUGGGGUGGGAAGGAGAAGACGGAGCUGGAAAAGGGCAUUGAAUCGGCUAAGAACAAGGUCGAGAGCGUGGAGGACAAGGUGAAGAGUGCAGUCAGCAAAUAA